AUGUAUCAUUGUACUGCACUACAAAAAUGCAAAACAACCAGAUUCGAGGAACGACUAGCAGCGGAUGCAGUACAAGCACCAAAGCAAUCAUAUGCCUACCUCAGGCGAAGAAUCAAACCAACGCCUGAUCUCCCGACUCUCGCCAAAGAUGGGGCAUUAGCCGAAAAAGAUGAGGACAAAGCGGAGAUGCUGGCAUCAUAUUAUGCCUCAAUGUACGCCUCAGCCUCCGGCACACUGAUACAUCUACUGGACACUGACACUGCGCUGAAAUGGGCCCCAUUAACCAUCGGAGAGGUGGCCUUGGAGCUGCGCCAACUAAAGGUUCACCACUCACCUGGACCUGAUGUCAUGCAUCCACUGAUCCUGAAGGAGCUGGCAGAAGAACUUGCAGCGUCACUGUGCAACCUGUUCAGUUUGUCAUUCACUCAAGUGCGUUUACCGCGGCAGUGGAAGGACGCUGCCAUUGUUCCACUGCCCAAAGUUGGGGAUAGGAGUGCCCCUGGGAACUACCGACCAGUCAGCCUUAAUAGCGUUGCGGGUAAAGUAGUGGAGUGA